AUGCAGCGUGUAUCAACAACGUUGUGCCGCAAGAUAGCUCACCCAGCAUGCGAUGUAUUCAUCAACCACCGUGGCAUCGACACCAAAAGAAACAUUGCGGGCUUGUUGUAUGACCGGUUAACGGCAAUGGGUGUGAGGAGUUUCUUGGAUAGUAUGAACAUGAAACCGGGGGACAGACUCUUUCACCAUAUUGAUAGGGCCAUUGUUGGAAGUAAAGUUGGUGUCGCUGUAUUCUCGCCGCGCUAUUGCGAGUCUUACUUUUGUCUCCAUGAGCUCGCUCUGCUCAUGGAGUCAAAGAAGAGGGUUGUCCCCAUCUUCUACGAUGUUAAGCCUUCGCAGCUUGUCGUUAAGGAUAAUGGAACUUGUCCGGCAAAAGAGCUCCGGAGAUUUAGUUUGGCGCUUGAAGAAGCUAAGUAUACCGUUGGAUUAACCUUUGAUCCUUUAAAAGGGGACUGGUCGGAGAUAUUAAAAAACGCUUCAGAAGCAGUGGUAAUAAACUUACUUGAAGUUGAGGAAGAGAAUAAGCGCAUGAAGACAAGGCCUUGA